AUGGUGCGCAGAGCAGUCGCAAUUCCCAAGGCAGCGAAGAACGCCUUCGUGCCGCCUGCCCAACGGAAACAGGUCUUCCUGCCUGAAUUCGUCAUCGCCCUCGUCCGAACACCCUUCCUCUCUCCCCGCUAUGCCCAAUUCCGCGUCCCCCUCAACUUCAACAAGCUCGAUCUCCGCGACUACCUCCAGAACCUGUACGGCGUGGGCGUAGUCAGCGUCCGCAGCUACAUCGAGCAGCAGCCCAUCACCCGUAUGACGCGGGAUGGACGCAACGUUGGUGCAUGGCGGCGGCCGCAGGCACAGAAGCGGAUGACCGUGGAACUGCGCGAGCCCUUCGUCUACCCCGAGGAGCCCAAGGAUCUCAGCCCAUGGGAGAAGAGCUCUUGGGACGCCAGCGAAAAGUGGCAGAAGAAGAUGCAAAAGCAGAUGCAGGAUAAACCUCACAAGGCCGAGGAGCCUGAUACUGAUGUGCGCAAGGCCUUCGAGGAGCAGGCGAAGGAGAUUAAGAAGAAUCCCGCGGAGUGGCGGUCAUCGUCAAAGGUGUUGGGUUGGGACUUUGCGCAUAAGGAGUUCACUAGGACAGGGAAGAGUUCCGCUGCUCCGAAGUGGAUGGCGAAAUAG